GGCACUGCGGUUAAGUAGUGUUCGUGACCUUGUUCUACUGCGCUGACGGAAAGGGUUGCUUAUUCCUGAUCAUACGAUGGCAGGACGAGCUUUUGCAGCGUGGUGGAGCAAGAUGAAGCCAUACUACACACAGGCAUACCAGGAAGUCUGGGUGGGUGUUGGUAUAAUGACCUACCUCUACUACAAGCUGUCUUAUGGAGGAAAGAAAGCAGUAAAGAGCAGUUCUGGACAUUGAUUGGAUAUUUCACAGAAUUGGCAUUGCCUGCCUCCUUCCAACCAUCCAGUCCUGUCGAUGCCAGACAUCCUGCUCUGCACUUUCCGUGACCAGAAGUCAACCUUAUCGGUCACUUUACAUAAUAAAUUGUCACACUGAAUGUUUGAUUGCUUUUAAAAGUUUGACAAGCUUUCAGUGUGUGUUGCUGAAAUUAUUCCAAAAAAUUGAAGACAGUAAUAUUGCAGUAGGAUGUAUUUUCAAAAGAAAUAAAGUUUGAAUGAAACUUU